UCUGCUCAAUAUUUGAGACACUGUAUGUAUUUUGAUGAAGAGUGUAAGAGAAUUAGUUCUUGUGAAUUUAUUCAGUUGAAUACUUGUUUGUCUAUUCCAAACCCUAAAAAUACAAUUGAAUAUUUUUAUUCAAAAACUGUUCAAAAAGAGAAUGAAAUUAUUAAUUAUCAGUUUAGUUCAAAUGGACUUUGUCUUAAUGAAAGUUCUAUUCCAAAUCAAGUUAAUACAAUAAAACAAUUAGGAGUUUGUGUUGCUGAUAAAUCUAUAUAUAUAAUAGAUACUAUUGUUGAUCAACUUGAUAACAUUGAACAAGGAGCUGUAGGUUAUUUAAGUAAUACAACACUUGUAUUUUCUAAUGACAAUGAAACUAAACCAUGUUCAAUGUUAUCAACAAUUCAAGUUAUUUAUAAUUCAUGUGUUGAAGUAAUGGAAGGAACAUAUUCAAAAGCUAGUGUUAUUAAUAAUACACUUACGUUACAAACAUUUAGAGAUAAAGAAUGUGUAAAUUUAGCAAUGACAAAUAUUGAAAGUCCAUGUGGUUUAUGUAUAAAAGAAUAUUUUGGAAAUGAGUUAAUAAGAUAUGUAAAUGUUAAUUGUUACAAAAAAGAAGAAAAGAAUGACACAUUACCAAAACAACAAAAAGAGUUAUAA